GCCCGCAGCACAACGUCACGAGUGCUGUCAGCGAAUGGUAAAGGCGAGGGGGCGGAGCCGGGCAGGACGCUGGGUCAGUGAGCUCGGCGGGGGGGAGAGAAGGAGACUCAGACUGACAGAAGAGCGGCAGCCCGAGCUCCAGGUGAGGUGAGCGGGGAUCUGUGGUGAGUUUCUUGAGCAGCGUGUCCUUUACCAGCAGAUGUUGCAUGGAGUCUGUUUCCAGUCAGUGAUCUGCCUCAGUCAAUGUGUGCGAGGCUGGGAGGGAAAGAAGAUGCAUGCGAUCGCCCACUUGGAACUGCCGCUCUUGUCCUCAUCAGAUGGGAGGAUGAGUUAGCCAAAGACAUUUGCGCAUUUAAUGCUUCCAUCUGGGCUUUGAUUUGGAUCUCACAGGCAGGCCCUGUGUGCCAUUUCAGCUUCCCUCCGAUUUGCUGCGGAUUGUCUAUAACAUGAGGUGCCGAAUAUAUAAGAAGAAAGUCAUCCUCCUGGCCUUAGUGGUGGUAGCCUGCGGCCUGGCGCUGUGGAAUAGUGGUAGGCAAAAGAAAAAUGACUUUGUCCAAGACUUGGACAUAGAGAAAACAAAUGGAAGGGCACAUGUGUCCCCGGGGAAUAGGAAAAUGUCCAACGACUCGUCCCCUGAGAAGGUGCAGAAACCAGAGGUGGAUAACGUGACCCUGGUGUACAGAUCAGUCGUUUUUCAGCUGAAUUUUGACCAAACUAUUAAGAACUUGGAAAAAAUUGCCAACCGGCCACAGGAUGAUGUGGUCAUCGUAGUGCAAGUGCACAAUCGACCUGACUAUUUAAGAUAUCUCUUGCAGUCUUUACGGCAAGCCAAGGGCAUUGAGAACGUUCUGUUGAUUUUCAGCCACGAUUACUGGUCUGCAGAAUUGAAUCAGAUUGUGGCAAGUGUUGAUUUUUGUCAAGUGCUCCAAAUAUUUUUCCCAUUUAGCAUCCAGUUAUACCCCAAUGAAUUUCCAGGGCACGACCCGAAAGACUGCCCUAGGGACAUAGAAAAAAAAGACGCUAUUAAGCUUGGUUGUAUCAACGCCGAGUACCCAGAUUCCUUUGGGCAUUACCGCGAGGCUAAGUUCUCACAAACCAAGCACCACUGGUGGUGGAAGCUGCAUUUUGUUUGGGAAAAGGUAAAAGCCUUAAAAGAGCACAAGGGUCUAGUCCUUUUCAUCGAAGAGGACCACUACCUGUCUCCGGACUUCUACUACGUCCUUAAAAAGAUGUGGAGCAGGAAAAACGAGGAAUGCCCCGAGUGCGACGUGUUGACCAUUGGGACCUAUGCUCGUCUCCAGACCUUCACUGACAAAGCGGACAAAGUGGAGGUGAAAACAUGGAAGUCUACGGAACACAACAUGGGGAUGGCCAUAACCAGAGACGCCUAUCUAAAGCUCAUAGAGUGUACAGACACGUUUUGUUCUUACGAUGACUAUAACUGGGACUGGACCUUGCAGCAUUUGACAGUCAAUUGUCUUCCCAAGUUCUGGAAAGUUAUGGUUGCCGAAGUUCCUCGGAUAUAUCACAUCGGGAGUUGUGGAAUGCACCAUAAGAAAUCCUGCAAACCCACCACAGAAAGUGCCAAAAUCGAGGCCAUGUUUACAGGCAACCAACCUUACUUAUUUCCUGAGAACGUAGUGAUCAGCCGGAAAUACUCCAUGGGUGCUCUGUCCCCGUUGGUGAAAAACGGGGGAUGGGGAGACAUUAGAGACCACGAAUUGUGUAAGAGUUAUCGCAGGCUGCAGUGAUUUUUGGAACCUCAAAACUUUGAACAAUCGCAUUCUGUCUUUUGCGGAGCGUUCCAGAUGAAGGAGUUUACAAAGUUUACGCUCUCAUUUCAGUGACUUUAUUAUUAUUUUUAUUUUUCCCGGUUGUCUUAUAAUUGUCCAUUUCUAUCUGUGUGGAAUCUAAGAUGAAAUUAAUUACAGCACUUUUAUUUCAUACUAAUUAAAGUCAAAGAUGCAUCAUA